AUUCGAUCCGCAAGAAGGGCCCGCUCUUUUCGUUUUUCGUCGUGGCCGGCGUUGAUCGAGAGCGGACUCGCAGGCCGUGCUCUCCCAACCACACCACACCACCGUUGCUGCUGGCUCUGCUGCUCGCGACCAGCCAUUCCUGCAGCUGCCACCGGCAAAACAGCCUGUCGCAUCCUUAUUGAAUACAAUGCUCAGACUUCCCUGGAGAUCGGCCGGCGUUCUCGGCCGCUGCUGCCUCAUUCCGCCCACCCCUUGGGCUGCCAAGUCGCCAGUCAUGCCGCCAGCCAUGUCGCCGGUCAUGUCGUCGACACUCCGUGGACUGCCGGUGUGCCUGCGUAUGCUCUCGACAUCGCCAAGGCUACGGGCAAGUGUUCCGCCAAGCACAACCGACGCCAUGGACUACCGCGAACGCUACUGGAAACAGAAGCGGCACGAAAGCAUGACGACGGCAUACUACAGCGCCUCGGUUAUUGUCAUAUUUAUCGGCCUCAGCUUCGCAGCAGUCCCGCUCUACAAACUCGUCUGCACGCAGACGGGGCUGGACGGCACCCCGCUGACAACUGCGGGCCACAAGUUCGAGCCCGAAUCGAUGAAGCCCGUGCCUGGAUCGCGGAAGAUCAAGAUUUCGUUCGCAGCAUCGACCUCGGACGCCAUGAAGUGGCAUUUUGUCCCCGAGACCAAGGAGCUCUAUGUGCAGCCCGGCGAGACGGCGCUGGCCUUUUUCACCGCAUACAACCCGCUGGAUGAGGACAUCGUUGGCAUCUCAACGUACUCUGUUGUGCCGCCCAAGGCCGCCCAGUACUUCAACAAGAUCCAAUGUUUCUGCUUUGACGAGCAAAAGCUGAAUGCCAAGGAGGAGGUCGACAUGCCUGUCUUUUUCUACAUCGAUCCCGAAUUCGCAUAUGAUCCAUGGAUGCAAGAUAUCAAGCACAUCACUCUGCACUAUACUUUCUUCAAGAGCAAGCACCAAUACUGAUGGACAAUGAAUGAAGGAAGGAGAACAUCCCACAGCUUUCGCAAAAUGAAACGGGAGACCUGAUGA